UAACCGCACUCCCACCUCCCGACCAAUGUGCCACCGCGCUGCCAUGCCCCCCUCCUCCCUGCGUCGCCGCGCCCGGCUCCUCUCCACGCCGCCGUGCCCCCCUCCUCUCCCUGCCGCCGCGCCCCCUCCUCCCCGUGCCGUCGCGCCCCCCCUCCUCCUCGCGCUGCCACGGUACCCUCCUCCCCCACACCAGCCAGCCCCCAUCCUCCCCGACUCCCGCCCCCAACCGCCAUCCUCCCCCCGGCUCCGGUAGUCGCCCCACCUGUUCCUACCGCGGGUCUGACGGCACGGAUCCGGCCGGCGUGGUUGGGCGGCGAGACUCACCGGGGUGGGCCUCCUCCGCCUUUGGCCCUCGACAACAUUUGUGGGGAGUUCCUGCUCGCCGUUUGGUGGCACCAUCUGCGCCCCCUCUAGAAGUUCGACAGGCACGCGUGCCUCAGUUCCACGACGACGAGCCAGGCAGCCGGCCUCUUCGUGACCUGCUGGCAUUCCCCCUCUCGCGCUGGCGGACUGAUGAUGGGAGAGCCAGCUUUAUCGCUAAACCGGCUUCUGCUGCCUGCUGGUACCAUUGCUGGUCUCGGUGCCCUCCCUGCUCGCCCAUGGCAGCGCAAGUUCAUCCUCUAGCAGUUGAAUUUCUAUUUGUUUCUUACUUCUGGUGAAGUAGGUGAGCUGAUUUUGUGGCCACUUCUAUUGGUUUGUGCAUCGCUAGAGGAGGACUUGGUGCUGAGGAAUGGAGCGCAAGUAAUGAUGCUCCUUCCAUUUAUCUUAGUUCAGACUCGGAGAGGGUGUAAGUGCAGAAGAAAAAUUGGUAGCACUAAAGGUUCAUGAUUGAAAAAGUUGUAAGUUCAACACGACGUCCCAGAUAAGUUCAUGAGAUCAAACAAAAACAAACCCUCAUGGGUCUCUCAUAUACGCGCGUGACAUCUCUUGUUCUGUGUUGCAGCGCCUGCAACUGCUAGUUCAACUCCUGGGUCUGUGUUAAUGUUGCCCAUGUGAAGUUCGAUGUGAUUUGGUUGGACAGGAAGGGAGAAACAACAUGGACAGUACGGGGCUGCUGAUGAAGAACGUGUUGCUAACUAGCUCUAUAAAUGAUCCUAAGGAGUUGUUGCUGUCGCUGGUCAUUGCUGUCGGAGCUGCAGCGUGUCGACAAGAUCCUGCAGAGCCAUGAGUUGUGUAUCCGGCAAGCCGGCUGCCGGUCGGGGUUCCACAAACGAAACAAGUGGGAGCGGCCGCAUUGAGACUGAGGGAGACGCGCACAUGCCAUUAUCACACAUGCUAGAUCCCCCGUGUAGAAGUCUUGAAUUCUUUGAACACGAGGGAGAUUGGACGGGCUACAGAUUGGCGAUGUUAAAUACUCUCCCUCUCAAAGAAGUUCGACCUCGACGUGUGUGGCAGUCCCACGAGGAGGAGCGUGGUCUAUGCAUCAUGAAAUCGAGUAGUUGGUUCCCGAGCGAGUUCCCACUUCUGAAGAUGGGCUUCCAUGUGGAGGAGGUGUGGAACGUAAUCUGCAUGGAGAUCCUGAUGAAGUACGAUGACGGCGACAUGGUGCGGGUGGACCUCAUGGAGUUCGGCCGGGCUGGUGGCGGUGGGUGCUGGACGCGGAUGCACAAGUUGUGCGGCUCCAUCUGCCACCUCGACUCCGACCACCGCUUCCUCCCGCUCCUCAUGCUUCCGACCAGGCCGCUGCUAGGUGUUGCUGCUCCAUCCUGCGGCAACCUAGCGAUGCCGUGGCUUGUUAGCUGCUACUUUUUGUUGCUGCUGCGAGGCAAUGUGAUCUAAGGAAGAAAGAUUAACUCAUGUUGUUAUGAUGUUUCAGAAAUUUAAAGAAUUUGGGGAAGAAAAAUGAUGCUUUUUCAGCUA